GGAGGGGGUUCACAGGUUCAUCAGCUGAUAAAAAUGACCACAUCGAAUCCGUUAAUGUCAAGGUGGUAGAAAUAGCUGUGAAUGUCAAGUCCACUUUUCACUCUAUAUAAUCGAUGGUUUAAAGGCACUCCCCUAUGUUUGGAGGACGAUGUAGCAGCAACAUGAUGUCCGGUCAAUCAUGGGUUCUGGUCGUAGAGUCAUCAUUCUGUUCGUCUUUACUUUCCUUUACCUCUUCCUCGGAGCAUUGAUCUUCUCGGCCAUAGAGUCCGCUCACGAAACAAAAAUCAAGUUGGAUCUUUACAACCAUCUCGCGACGUUCGUGGAAAGCAACCCAUCGUUGAAUGUGUCUGAGUUUAACGCUGUCCUGGAGGAGGUUUGGUAUGCGGCUUCCAUCGGAGUGGAUCCAACCAAAAAGCCGGACAACAACUCUGCUCCAACCACUCGUUGGGAUCUGGCCAAUGCAUUCUUCUUCUCAACAACAAUUAUAACUACCAUUGGUUAUGGGCAUCUGUCUCCAGCCACUCCCUCUGGCCAAAAUUUCUGCAUCGUGUACGCCUACCUUGGCAUUCCCCUCAUUGCUGUUCUACUCUCAGAGAUCAGCUCUAAAUGGAAGAAGCAUCUGACGAACGUUGGGAUCCGUAUUAACUCCAACCUCCUGAACGUCAUCCACCAAGACAAAGUCCGUAAAGCAGUAAUCAUCAUCCUUCUGAUCAUACCUGCCUAUUUAUUAGUCAUCCUGUUACCAGCCGGUGUGUUCUCAUAUUUGGAGGGAUGGGAUUUCAGCACGUCACAUUAUUACUGUUUUAUUUCUUUAAGCACCAUUGGGUUUGGUGAUUACGUCGCGACACAGAAAAACUUUGAAAGUAAGGUCCUGGUAUGGGUCUACAAGAUUGGGACGUCCAUGUACUUGAUCCUCGGGCUUGGCAUCAUGGCUAUUGUGUUCCAGGGGCUGCAGACAAAGAGGAAACGCUACAGCGUAAGCAAGACGUUUGUAAAGAUGUUGAGGAGGAGGCGGAAACCUUGGUUACAGAUGAUGGAGGAGCAAGCUGAGAUGCUUAAUGGAGGCGGGGAUCCUCUCGAGACGGUGGUUGUCUCAUCGGCAGUAGCAGCAGCUGCAAUUGCCACUGGGAUACAGCGAGAGACAGGCCAAGGGAUGGUGAAACUUCCACUUGAUGAUGCACUGCAGUCAGAUUCUUGUGGUGUAUCGGGGGAUGAUGAAAGCGACGGGAAUGACAGUGAUUCUGACGAACAUGAAGAAGAGUCUCUCAUGGACCAGUGGCUAGAUGAUGACAGCAAUGCGACAGCUUCUCGGAGUAUGGUCAUCUCACCAUCGGGUGACUUCUUAGACCCUGACGACGAAGAAGAAGUUCCAUUCAUAUUCCAGAGUGUUAUCGCUCGACGCAACGCAACCCUCACCCCGGAUUCAGAUGGAGCUGUCGAAUCGGGUCCACGGUCUCGUCGCAACAUGCAGAACACAAGACACUCAAGGAGCUUGAGUCUCCCACUCACCCGGCAAGGACAUGAUCACCAACCGAGAACGAGCCCAAGUAUCGAAGAUGCUAAACCUGAGAUGAAUUCUCUGAAAUGUGAUUCACCUUUACAGAGGGAUUACUUCAACGAUUCCAAGGCAGAGAAUUCCCCCAAGAGCACACCGCCUAAGAGACGACUGAUCAGCGCCUCCAGCAGUUUUACCGCCGAAGAUUCCGGAAUACAUGCCGCUUCUUCUCAGAGUACAAUUGACAUGGAGAGUACCGUGUGAGGACAUUUGUUAGGCCUGUCUGAUCAUGGACAUUCGGGGCACAGUCUAAAAUGUUGUGGCUGUAUGUGGUCUGUACAUGGUGAGAUCGUUAUAGCAUCUGUUAGGGUGUAUAGUGUAGUCCAGACACGCUGGUAAAGUCAAAUGAGUGGCUGUAUGUGGUCUGUACAUGUUGAGACAGUCAUAGCAUCUGUUGGGGUGUAUAGUGUAGUUCAGACAUGGUGGUAAAAUCAAAUGAGUUUCCUAACCCUUCAGCUCUGUAUCAUGAAAUCAGACUAAGAGGGUCACAGUGUUUUAAACUGAUAGAAUCAGAACUCGAUUCACAACUCAUCUUACAACUCAUUUGUGUGGUGAAAGUUAAAUGUAAUGAGUAUUUAAACAAGUGUUUCUUGUGAGUUCCAGGAUGAGUACUACGUAGUACUUUUCUUUGAUCGAAGAAUGGUACGAUUUGAACAGUGAAGGUGAGUAGAAUCAAUUAUUGAGUUAUGUAUUUCAAUACAGAGCAAGGAUAUGGAGAAGUGUGAGAAAUGAGAGUGGCUAAAAGAAGACAAGGUGUGGAGACAAAUUUUCAAAAUUGAGAUUGGCAUUUACAGUUCAGCAUUAUACAAUGUAGUUGAAAUUGAGUGCAUCUUGAACAGAAUGAUGAGUAUUACUUGAGGAGAGUACUGUCUUGGAUCAAUAGUAUGGGUACUAUUUAAAUUUGGAAUUCUGCGCUUACCAGGCCCUUUAAAGGCACUUAAUUUUAUGCCCCAUAAGCAUUUCAUAGAUUUCAUAGAGUCUGCUUUUAAAAGCAGAGAAUGUUGCUUAGCAAUUCCUGCUAAGCAAAAUUGAGCAGGAUGCCAGUCACAGUAAUAGGUACGCAGAAUUGAAGGUGUAGAUAUAUUCAGAAAAGGCGCUUAAAGGGUCUAUAUAACUUGUGUAGGACAAAAAACACAAUGUCCACAGAUUUACACUAAACUUA